CGACACCGUCAUAAAGUGGGCUGAGUGGGGUCGUCCACCUGUAUAUAAAGCAGCUCGAAGCAGAGCAGCAGCAGCAAUCACUUCUUCUCAACGACCAUCACGACACUGUAUUAUCGCAUUUUUUAUUCUCAAUAUCACUAUGGCCAACACGAGUGGAAACGGCGCAGGUGCCAACUUCGGUCAGAAGGUUAGAGGAGCUUGGAACGCUGUAGAGGGCGCCGGCGACAAGCUAAGGGGCGGUGCCAUGGACUUCGUCGACUCUGCCACGGGCACCGGUGGGCACCACGCAGAGACAGAUGUGGGUGACGCAAAAAUGCGGCAAGGUGUUGCGCAGACGAGGCAACCCGCUACCACUGGCACCGCUACCACCACAGCUGCCCCUGCCUCGACCACGGCGAACGCGCCCACUACGGCUGCCCCUGCCUCGACCCCGACGAACGCGUCCACUACAGCGGCCCCCGCCUCCGCCCAGACGAACGCGUCCACUACAGCGCCGGCUGUCGGUGCUCAGCCGUCCAACACUGCAGCGCCGGCCGUCGGUGCCCAACCGUCCACCGCCGCCACUACCAACGGAAAUACGGGUGUUACAGGCACCACCAACUGAGCAGUUUGUACAUUACCUGCCGCAGAAACCACAUACCCGACUUGAAGUUCGUGUACCUUGUAGACUGUAAUCGACGAACAGCAUGUAAUCUCAGCCAUAUACAUCAUAUGCAUCU